AUGGAAAAAAUUACAGACAAGAUCGCGGCUCUGCCGCCAGACGCCAACUACUUCUCGCUGGAAUUUUUCCCGCCCAAGACGCAGAUGGGUUCUGCAAACCUGCAAGCACGUCUGGAGCGGAUGGCGCAGGCUCUGCGUCCGUUGUUUGUGACGGUCACCUGGGGCGCUGGGGGAACGACGGCGACGCGAUCGCUCGAGCUGGCGGAGAUCUGUCAGCGACAGCUACAGCUGACGACAUGUUUGCACUUGACAUGCACAAACAUGAGUCGGUCUCUGGUCGACGAGGCGCUGGAACAAGCCAAGGUACUUGGCAUUCGGAACAUCCUGGCCCUGAGAGGCGAUCCUCCUCGCAGCGAAGAGUACAAUAUGCACGGGGAGGAUGACAGCAACAAGGACUUUUCGUGGGCGGUGGAUCUGGUGCGAUACAUUCGCAAGGUCCACGGUGACUACUUCUGCCUUGGAGUGGCGGCGUACCCGGAGGGUUAUGCAAAUGAUACCUUCCAGCAGGUCCAGGAUCCGGAGCAUGACCUACCCUACCUGGUCGAGAAGGUCCAAGCCGGGGCGGAUUUUAUCAUGACCCAGCUUACAUACGAUCUGGAAGCGUACGAAAAGUUUGAACGCCGACUGCGGACACACGAGUCCGGCGUGUUCAAGACAAUCCCUAUUCUUCCCGGCCUCAUGCCUAUCCACAGCUACAAGAUCCUAACCCGGGUGACGAAGCUGAGCCAUGCUCAUAUUCCACCCAAGAUAAUGUCGCGGAUCGAAAAUGUCAAGUCGGACGACGAUGCCGUCAAACGGGAGGGUGUUGAAAUUCUGAGCGAGAUGGUCCAAGGGAUCAAGAAGCUGCCCAACCCUGGCCGCCGAGGAUUCCAUUUCUACACCCUCAACCUGGAGAAGACCGUCUCUUUCAUCUUGGAACGGUGCGAUUUGGUUCCUGACCACGACGACGAUGACGUUCUGGAGGAUACGUCUACCCUUGGCGUGCCGACUGCGGAACAGCUGCGGUCCUUGAGCCGACGCCGGGCCUCGUCUAUCAACUCGCAACCACACAACAGGGUGAUCGUCGACCGGCUACAGGCCUCCACCGGCUCAUCCAAGGGCUCCAUUAGCCACGAAGCCCCGGCAACCAGUGCCGGCAUGCCGGCCCUGCCGCCCAACCGAAGCACCACCCUGCAGAUCUCCGAGGGGAUGGGUUCCCUCGGACGAGAGGCAACGUGGGACGACUUCCCCAACGGCCGAUGGGGUGACGCCCGGUCUCCGGCUUUCGGAGAAAUUGAUGGUUAUGGACCCUCGCUUCAUGUACAUGCGACCGAGGCCCGCCGACUGUGGGGGUACCCAGUCUCGUAUGCGGAUGUCAGCGCACUCUUCCGGCGCCACGUAUCCGGGGACCUGUACAUCGUACCCUGGUCGGAAGGCGGGGCGGAAGAAGGGACAGGUGGACUGAACGCCGAGACGGCGUUCAUCCGCGACGACCUGCUGAAGCUCAUUGACGGGCGCGGCUGGUGGACGCUCGCCUCACAGCCGGCGGUGAACGGGGUGCGCAGCGACAAUGCGAUGUUCGGAUGGGGCCCGCCGGGCGAAGGGUUCGUCUUCCAGAAACCAUUUGUCGAGUUCUUCUGUCCGCGAAAGGACUUUGAAACCAUCCUCAAACCCAUGUUUGCGCGGUGCGGAGCAGACGAACUAGCCUGGUUCGCAACCAACGCUGCCGGGCAUUUUGAAUCUUCAUCCUCCUCUGCUUCUACUGCUACUGCUACCACCGCUGCUCGUGAUAAUGCUACCGCUGCCGCCGAUGAAAGCACAGUCAACACAGUGACAUGGGGCGUCUUCCGCGACAAGGAGAUCGUCACCCCCACGAUCAUCGAGGAAGUCAGCUUCCGCGCCUGGGGCGAAGAGGCCUACCGCAUCUGGGACGAGUGGCGCCGCGUAUACCCGCGCGGCAGUGCGACGGAGCGCUUCCUGGCCGGCCUCAAGGACGACGUCUGGCUUGUCUGCGCUAUCGGACAGAAGUACGGGGCCGGCACGGAGGCUGGGUCGGCGGAGGAGCAGCUUGAGACGAGCUGGUUGUGGAGGAGUUUGAGCAGUGCUUAG